AUGAUGGAGACUUCUGAUGAAGAAAACUUUGGCGUAGGCGUCUCUUCCCCUUCUGAUGCAGAGUUUGAUGCCGUUAUUGGAUAUCUGGAGGAUAUUAUAAUGGAUGAUGACUUCCAGUUAAUACAGAGGACUUUUAUGGAGAAGCACUACCAGGAGUUUGAUGACUCAGAAGAAAACAAGCUCAUCUAUACUUCUAUUUUUAAUGAAUACAUCUCUUUGAUAGAGAAAUACAUUGAAGAAAAAUUGCUUGAUCGGAUUCCUGGUUUCAAUAUGACUGCUUUCACCAUGUCAUUGCAACAACACAAAGAUGAAAUGGCAGGUGAUAUAUAUGAUAUGCUUCUCACGUUUACUGACUUUCUGGCUUUCAAAGAGAUGUUCUUGGAUUACAGAGCUGAGAAAGAAGGUAGAAGUCUGGAUUUAAGCAGUGGCUUAGUGGUGACUUCAUUAAACAAAUCAUCAAUAUCCUCCUCCUAG